GUUAUCAAACGACCGUUGAGGACAAGUGCGCCAUUUUGGCUCAAACAAAGUCGGAAAUUAUUUACUUUGCAAUUUCAUAUUAUUUGGCACGCUAACAUCGCUUAAUACUUUUGUGAACCUUUGGGAUGAUACAAUAUCUUAUGUGAGCGCAUGUUUCAACCAUGUUCUAUUUUGUUUUGUUUCUUAUGAGAACAAGUGUAAAGUUCUGGUAGCCUUCGCUAGCUACAAGCUAGCUCUGUUGUUUGAUUGGAAUGCAAGUAACUGGGGCUAUAGUUCGCUUGCUAGCUAGCUGCAUUCAGCAGUUUUGACUUGUUAGCUCGAUAGGUAUGGGUGGGUGUUCCGCUCCAAAUUGCUCAAACUCAACAACCAUUGGGAAACAACUAUUUCGUUUUCCAAAAGAGCCUAUACGCAAGAAUAAAUGGCUUGUAAACUGCCGGCGUAAUUUUGUACCAACUCCACAUUCCAGACUGUGCCAGGACCAUUUUGAGCUGAGUCAGUUUGAAGAAAUAGCCAGGUCGCCAGCAGGGGGAAAGAAGCUGAAACCAAAUGCUAUCCCUACUCUUUUCAGUGUGCAAAAUCCACCUUAUCCAAUCACCCCACAGAUAGUGCUACCUUUCAAACCAGAGCCAGUAGAGAGAGAUCUGAAUGUGGGGGAUCAUGGCUAUGCACGGCGGCAACCAACUCUGGGCAUGGAGGAAGAUGUUGAUGAACUACACAAGGCAGAGGAACGCCCCUGCACCCAUUGUCAGCCUUACAAAACCCUGCUGGAACAAGAAAUGCAACACACUGCCAGACUUCAGAAAGAGGCUGAGGAAAUGAAGAAGAGGAUGUUCAAACUGGACAGAAUAGAGAGGGGCCUCCAGACAUUUCUGUAUGAAGACCAGAUCCGUGCCCUGACCCUGACCAAGCGUUCCCGGAGAGCUGUGUGGUCCCAUGAGACAGUGCUGAAGGCUCGUAAAAUCCGAUGUGCAGUCGGUGCCAAGGGUUACGAAUUCCUUCGGGAGUUAGGCUACCCUUUGCCCUCUUAUAGAACUUUAUGCAACCGCCUGGAGGAAAAAAUCAUGGUGACGACAGCCAUGGGCUGUGAUGAGCUUGCAGAGCUUGGUCUAGGAAUCAUAUCUACAUGUGACAGUCCAGAGGGAGAUGGGGACAAUGAGGAGGCUUUCAUUGGAGUGAUGUCAUGACUCAUGAAAGAGAGAAUUUUGAUCAAUUUGUUUGAAUAUGUGUUUCAUUUUGAAGAAUGCAACGCAAAAUGACAGGACAAUAUAGCAAAGACUGACGACAGCUAGUAGGCCUAUGCGGUGAAGAAAAUGUGGAAGCAUAUGCACAUGAGAGAUAGUGUUAAAGCGUUCUUGCUUCUGGACUUGGUUUCACAUAAUUGUUUUUUUUAGAAUGGUUUACUCAUGCUAAAGAAUUUGGUGUUUAUUUUGGGAAUGAAACAUAAGCUCCUUCAAAACAAUAAAGAGCAGCAGUCAUCUGCCUUAAAGCGGCAAUCGGCAGUAGAAACAAUAACAAAGCGUCCUCCCCACACCUGAAUCAGUAAAAAGCUGAGGAAUGGGGCUGGAGAAAUUUAAUCACUCAAUUUCAUAGACCUAUGGAUGCAAGGAUUGACCAUCCAUGAUAUCAAAAUUAUAGUUUUAACAAUGUUUUGAGGCUAUAUAGUGUUUGUUACAUUUUCUUUGUCUACAAACAUUGGAGUAAAACAAGCAUAUAUUUGGAGUUCUAAUGGGGUACGACAGUUGAACUAAGUUCAUGAGGCAUUUAUAAGUUAUAUUCUUCAAGAAUAAAGUCCAAAAAUGGAUGUAGGAACUACUGAUUGCUCCUUUAAGCUUUGAAGCUGCAAUUUCAAACCACCUUUCUGUGCUCAAUGUGAGGUCAUAAUUCAGAAGCUACGCUAAAUCAUUUGCUGUACACCUGUUUUCUUCAGCUGUGAAUGUUUGACAAAUGCAAAGGAAGAGCAGAAUUUUAACCCCUGUUUGCAGAGUUUUUAGUUGCCCUUCAUUGUCCCUUAUGUUAAGUGGACAAAUUGGAGGAUUCGUUGUAUUUUGUAAUGGGAAUCAGUUUAGCUGCAUUUGGAAACUGCAAUGCAGUAUAGAGCUUUUGGAGAACUGUGUUAGCUGCAUUGUAUACUGGCUGUGCCCCCUGAACUUAGGCUGAAUAACCUGAGGCCUCUUGUGUUAAUCACUAAUGAGAUAUUAGCCAGCAAGCAGAACCUCUGGGUGGGAGGAGGUUUGUAGAAAACUCACUAAAGAGGCAGGAGAGUAUACAGUACCCUGAUCAAAACAAUGGUACUGUAAAAGAAUAAAGAAAUCUAUCAAGUAGGGCUGGGAAUUGCCAGGGACCUCAUGAUACAAUAUUAUCACAAUACUUUGGUGCCGAUACGAUAUCUAUUGCGAUUCGAUGUUUGGUAUUUUAUUAGGAUCCCUUUAGAUGUUACAGCAGAUACUCUUCCUGGGGUCAACACAAAACAUGAAACGUGACAUAAUACAGAACAUUAAUAGACAAGAACAGCUCAAGGACAGAACUACAUCAGUUUAAAAAAAAAAGGGCA